AUGGGGGUGUUCGAGUUCGACAAGUUUGCCGCGGGAACGUUCGCCGUGGCCAGCUGCCUGGCCGACCUCACCUCGAAGGGAGCGAUCACCAUCAUCGGAGGCGGAGACUCGGUGGCUGCCGUGGAGAAGGCCAACCUCGCCGACAAGAUGUCCCACAUUUCCACCGGCGGCGGAGCUAGCCUAGAGCUGCUCGAGGGCAAGGAGCUUCCGGGAGUAAACGCUAUCGAGGAGAGGUCUUGAACUGGCAUGCUCGUGACGCUUGCCGUUCGCCGCUUGCUUCGCUGCUGCGGUGGGUAGCGCGGUAUAGACCUCGUUUAGUGCACUGACGGAAUCAGUGGUAGCAUUUAGGUGAAGGCAUCGGAAAUUCAUGCGGUAUUUUGCUGUAGGACUGGGUAUGUUCUGUUCUGUUGUAUCCCAUAAAUGUAGGAACGUCGUGAUGGGUUGACUAACAGCGUGGAUUUGACUAUGCUCUUUUCCGACAAACGUGUAUUUAAAGGUGUAGGCGUAUUGUUUGAUUCAUUCUUCCAGAGUUUUUCACAAGUUGUGCAUUUGGCCCUCCCAUCAUUGCCGUUUCGGCUUCCCGUCUAUAACGAAAUUCUGGAUCUCGAGUACCAGGACCUGGUUUGCGUCUCAACGCAGGCAGGGUUCAGACAGGCUCGUCUAUUUCAAUUUCUUUGGUGCAGUGACUUGUGGACGUUUUGGAGGAUAUUUCAUGGUUGCUCGCGUCUAUGCGGGAAUGUGGCAGGGUAGACGUGGGACGGAGUUAGCCGGUGUGGGGGAAAACACCCCCGUGAUUUUUUGCGCGUGGAAUUAGUUUCAGUUCUCUAUCAUCACCAUCAAUAACAUAGGGUAGCUGCCAACGUUGAAUAUUAGAAAGGGACGAAGGAGACGAAGAAAUUUGGCAAACAAUUAGGUUCUCGGUGAUCGUGUGUUACGUGGUGUGCUUCUGGUGUAUGGUCUUGGCUAACACUGUUACUGAAUUGGGCAAAUUUCUCUUGCCUCUCUCACUUGGAAGCCCAUCGAGAAGGGCGGUAAGUUGAGCACCAGCUCUGUUGCGCAACUUCUUGUGCCGCUCAGGUUUGGCGCUCAUUUGUGUAGACCUGACAACGCAGGGGCAUUUACUUCCACUCUCGUAUGGGUCUGGCACAGAUAAUGCAUGGGCACAUUUCCUGCAAAGAACACAGGUGUCACCGAAAACCUCGUCGACGCCCUUAAUGUCUUAUCUGCUACAUUUCGUUG